UUGUACGUUCUGUAUUCUGAUCUGCGGAUCAGCUGGACGAAGCAAUAACAUCACCAACAGUAUCUGCUGGGGAAAAUAACGUACAGGGCGCAGAUACGACGACUGAAACGUCGUGUGAAUCUAAUUUUACACGCGGAUUUCUUCUAAGAAGAAGGACUUUUUCAUAUUUUUUUUGUGAAUUUACUACCUCAUAUUAAAGAAUACCUAAAGCUAUGCUUUAAGAUUUUUUUGUUGUUUUAUUGUGUGGUCGUCGCGUUUACAACUUGAAUAAUUUUGCAGAUCUUUGCACCACAACCAAGUGAGACCUUAUAUUGUACUGCGCCUUCACUGAACUCCAACAACAAAAGGCCAAUACACCUGUGAUCAACCUGCCGUCCGUCACAGCACUGACACAACAUCAGCAUUGCAGACUCAAGUCAACACAACAGCAGUUUUACUUCUAUCCGGCAGCUUCUAUCUCUCAGGAAACCGUGCUCCUCGUCCUCCGUCAGCCAUGUUCCAGGCGCUCAGCAGUCUGUUCUUCGGCAGUGUGGACGACGUCACUCCAGAGCUGAAGGGACCAAAGCCCUGCGUGAUCGAGGCUGAUGAAGAGGGAUGGCUCCUGGUCAACCUGCCCGGCGAGGACGGGCCAGAAGCAGCAUCAGUAGCCUGUGCCCGUCCCCGCUCUGAAUGUCACGCAUCUCCUCCUACCUGCAAAAACCGCAGGACUAGAGCAGGCAGGACACAGGACGCACCUCUUCUGUCCACCUGCUCUGCUCCUGACCCUGCCUCCUUCUCCCACCUUGAGUCAGUAGAAGUGAAUGUGUUGUUAAGCGAGCGGGGCUCGUGCUCCUGUAGCGACUGCAGCAUGGAUGAGAGCUGGUUUGUCACCCCUCCACCCUGUUUUACUGCAGAGGGAGCCACGGCGGAGGCUAGUCCCAUGGAGGACCUCCUCAUCGAGCACCCCAGCAUGUCCGUGUACGUCUCGCCCGGCCCUCUCCCUGCCGUGGAGGAGAGCGCCACCAGCUUGGCUGGCAGUAUCAGCAGGAUGUCUGAAUCAGCAUUGCCCGCUGUGACCAGGAGCAGUUUACCCACACGGGUGACCCGGGGAGCAGCCGCACAAGCCGGUGCUCUAGCUAAAGUCACCCAGGUUUCCAGGGUACAGAGGGCCAAAGCCCGCACUGAGCGUCGCCAUCUGGCACGCAAUCGCAUGCAGCGCCAAAACCGCGUGCGUGAGCAGGUCCAGCGGCGCUCAACCCACACCCGCAACUCUUUCCUGCACCAGCCGUGCCAGCGCAACAUCUGCCACUGAGGCAUCAAAGUUUACAUGGAGGGCAUUAUUACACAUUUCCCAAUGAAACCCCUACCUUCUCAGCCGUCUUUUAAAGUCCUCCUUUUGCAUUUAUCGUUUGUUUGCUGUCAAUUAUCUUAUUCAGUUUCCUGUUAAUCAAGCUUGUCCUUGAGCACAAGCCAAUUUAUCUGUUUUAGGGGUGCCCAAAACUGCUCAUAAAGGGCCACUGUCCUGCAAAGCUUUGCUCCUGCCUUAAUUUCACACACCAGAACCUGCUGAUCAAGGUCUUAGGACUUACCACAAACUUCUAGACCACGCAUGGGCAAACUCGAUCCUCGAGGGCCGGUGUCCCUGCAUAGUUUGCACCAACCCUAAUCAAACACACCUGCUUGUAGCUUUCUAGUGAUCUUGAAGACACUAAUUAGGGUGUUCAGGUGUGUUUGAUUAGUGUUGGAGCAAAACUCUGCAGGGACACCGGCCCUCGAGGAUCGAGUUUGCACAUGCGUGUUCUAGACAAUGGUGUGUAGGUUGGAGAUCAAAUAUGCAGGACACUGUCCCACCAGAUGCAGGAUUGAGUACCGCUGAUCUUUAUCCUCUUUCCAAUUAUAUCUAACAGCUCACCACCAAGCACAAUUACUCCGUUGAAGAUCAUCCAUAUAAUUACCUAAAUACCCAUGUACCUCCUGUGUGUGUUUGUAACACCUAAUUCAGUUCCCCAGACUGGGAAAAUAGCUGAAAAGAACACAUGUAGACUCUGCAUUGUUACAAACAACGUCUCUCUAAAUGUCCGACACUUGAAUUGGCACUGUUCAAUGACAUGUCCAUUAGGUUCAUUUUUACCAAAUUACGAAAAGAACGAGCCGGUAACUGAACGCUUUAUAGGAAUAUUACUAUAUAUUUGUAGCUAGUAAAAUGGAAAGUGACUUGAAAACAACAAGAAUGAAAAGUAUGUGGAUAAAUGUGGGAGCAAGAACUUCGUGAGAGUGAGAGUUUCCAGAUGAAGACGAAUCUAGAAGGGAUAUACUUGUAAAGAAGUCGUUUCAGAGUAGACGCUGAUGCCUGAUUUUGAAUAUAAAGGUGCUAACUUUCAAAAGUCGUUCAGACAUUUAAUUGCUUUUUAAUGUAAUCUGUUCCAAAACCUAGUGAGCUAGACUGGGAAAGGCAGUAUCUUAAGCCUCGUUCAAGUUUUUCUAAAUCGUUUCAGUCAUUCAUCCACACAACAUUAGCGUUGUCGAUGCCCUGGGAAAAAAAACGUCAUAUAAUAGAUAACAGAGUGGAAAAGUCUUAAAACACCACCUCUUGCGUAGUCAUGUAGUCAUCCAUAUUUUGGAAAUGAUGACAUCAUUGUACCACGUGACGAAGGAAGAUCCUCGGAUGUAACAACCGUAAAAACAGCAAUGGUGGAUUACAGAGCUGUGUUUUAGGGUUGGGCGAUGUCGACCAAUUUGGCAUCAUAUGAUAAACAUCGCAAUGGACGAUGGCAUCGUCAUCAUAGGCGGCGGUGAAUUAAUAAUUAAUCCAUAACAAAUUAAUUAUUUGUAGCCUACCGUUUCAUCUACCUGACCCUCAUGGGCUUUGUUUUACCCAUAACCAAAUCAUAAAUAAAGAUAAGUUACACACAAAUGACCACCUGUCAAUCACUUGACUCUGGCAUGAAUAGGCAGAGUGAUCCGUGUUGUUAUAAUGGUGUCGGAAUAGUCUAUCGACCCAACCCUACUGUGUUUGUAACAGAGCUGUGUUCGCAUGCUCGCUGCAUUCUUUUGUGAUUGUAGUGUAUCCUGCGGAUCUGUCUAUGUUUGUUUACAGCACCACAUAUAGGCUUGGCAUACAUGUUACACCAUAUUAUCUCAGUUUUCGUUUCCAUGUGGAUGCUGACAUCUCUUAAAAAGAUACGCGUGUUUACUCGAAGGUUUUGAAAUGCGCAAAAGAAAGCUGACAGCUCUAAUGAAAUAAAUGUUUUCACUCAACAUUUAAGUAUACUCUAUGUAUUCAUGCCUACUAGAAAGCUCCCCUUCAUUAGCCUAGCAACUUGCUAACAUCACACCCCAUUGGAUUUUACUUUGAGUCUCACAAGGCAACUUCCCCAGUAAUCUAGCUCACUAGAAUUUGAAACAGAGCCUUGCGUUAAACUGAGGUCCAUCGUGGAUGGUACUGAUACUACGCCAACAACAGAUCACUAAAGGUGGCGUGAAGCUAAAGUUUAGCUCUCUGUCAACAUCUGAUCUAGAUAAUGGGUGUACAUCAGGGCAGUGUGCAAUGACUUUACAUGUCACAUGAUCAACGAAGAGUGGUAGGCAUAGGCUAUAGAUAGAAUUGCAUGCAGAACGUGCAGGAUAGUUAAAGUUGUGACUCUUUUAUUCUGCUUCAUGGAGGAUUAUUGAUGUGGAAAUCUCAUAGAACAUCUCGAACUGAAG